AUGAAGCUCCUCGCCCCUCUUGCGCUGGCCGCAUCUGUCUCUACCGCUCUGGCUGCGGUCAUCCCCCAGCAGGCACCUCUAAUCCCCUCCGUCGUCCAGAAUGCCCAAACCACCAAGUGGUUGAUCGAGUUGGCUCCGUACCAGACCCGCUGGGUAACUGAGGAGGAGAAGUGGGCAUUGAAGUUGGACGGCGUCAAUUUCAUUGAUGUCACCGACGAGUUCCAAUCCGGCUCAUACGGUGCCCUCCACAGCAAGCGCAUCGUCCGUUAUCCAGGAUCGAUGCAGCAUGAGCAUGCCAUUGCGCCCUUGAGCGAUGACCUGUCGAAGAGCAAUAUGAGGAAGAACCUGGAGUACUUCACCUCCUUCCACACCCGCUACUACAAGUCCCAGACCGGCAUCGACUCCGCCGAGUGGCUGUACGACCAGGUCAGCGGCGUAGUCGAGGAUUCUGGCGCCGGCAAGCACGGUGCCUCUGUGAAGAAGUUCGACCACCCCUGGGGCCAAUUCAGCAUUAUCGCCCGUAUCCCCGGCCAGACCAACAACACGGUCGUGUUGGGUGCCCACCAGGAUAGCAUCAACCUGUUCCUUCCAUCGAUCCUGGCUGCGCCGGGCGCGGACGAUGAUGGCAGUGGAACUGUAACGAUCUUGGAGACUCUUCGGGCUCUGCUGCGGUCCGAGACUAUUGCCAAGGGCCAGGCUGAGAACACUAUCGAGUUCCACUGGUACUCGGCUGAGGAGGGCGGUCUGCUCGGUUCGCAGGCAGUCUACGCCAAGUACAAGAAGGAUAUGCGUGAAGUCAAGGCCAUGCUGCAGCAGGAUAUGACUGGCUUUGUCCAGGGUACUCUGGAUGCCGGGCUAAAGGAAUCUGUCGGUGUCAUUGUCGACUAUGUUGACCAAGGCCUGACCAACUUCAUCAAGGAGGUCAUCACCACCUACUGUGAUAUCCCCUACGUCGAAACCAAGUGCGGCUACGCCUGUUCCGACCAUGCCUCCGCCAGCCGAUUCGGCUACCCCUCAGCCUUUGUGAUCGAGUCUUCAUUCGAGAACAGUGACAAGAAGAUCCACUCGACCGACGACCAGAUCAAGUACCUCAGCUUCGACCACAUGCUGCAGCAUGCGAAGAUGAGCCUGGCAUUUGCCUACGAGCUUGCUUUUGCUCCUUUCUGA